UGGGGUCCAUACGGGCUCUGGGAGGUCUAUAGGGGCUCUGGGGGGUCGGGACGGGGGAACUCUACGGCUCGUGACGUCACGGCGGCGGCGGCGGCGCGUGACGUCAUGGGCGUGGCCGGGCGUGCCCCGCCCCCCCGCUCCCGUGACGCCCCGCGGCCAUGGCGGGACCCUGGGGGCGGCUGGUGGCGGCGCUGGGACCCCCCGGGGACCGCGGUCCCCCCGCGCUGCGCGCGCUCCGCCGGCCACGCCCCGCGCCACGUCACCAGACGGAGCUGCUGCUGCUGCUGCUGGAGUCCCCCCGGGAGCUGUGCGGGGGCGGGGGGCGCCCCUUGGGGGGUUCCCCAGAAUGGGGGGGCUCGGUGGGGGAGGUGGGGGGGGCUCUGCUGUCCCUGCUGAGCCUCCCCCCCGCCCCCCCGCCCGCUCCCCCCCGCUCCCUCCUCCUCUUGGCCACCCUCACCUUCCUCCUGGCCGUGGGGGACUUGGGGGGGGUGGCAGUUUUUGGGGCGCUCCUGGUGGAAGGGGGGGUCGCGGAGGGGGCCCCGGCGGCGGCGGCCGAAUGCCUGCGGGAGAUACGGCGGGCCCGGACCCCCGGGUGCCCCCCCGGACGCCUGGGUCCCCUGCGGAGGUGCUGCGGGGGGGGGAUCCCCGGGAUCCAGCCCUGGACCCUGCUGGAGGCUGAGGAGGGGGAGGAUCCCGCUGAUCCCCACGACGACUCCGGGACAGAUCCCGGGGGAUCCCAGCAUCCCGUGACGCCCCGCCCUGCCCCCCCUUCCGCCUUCCUCCUCACCCCGGCCGCCCACGCCCAACUCCUCCGUCACCGAAACGGGGGGGGGGCUUUGGGGGGGGCCCCCCCUUACGCCACGGGGGACCCCGCCCCCCUCCACGCCACCCUCUUGAAAGGGGGGGGUGGUUUUGGGGGGCUUCCCCCCCCCCGUUUAGCCACUUUAGCCCAACACCCCGCUUUCCCCCUCCCCUUACGCCUCUUCUACCUCCUCUGUUUAUUAGAGGGGGGGGCCCUUAAAAAAGGGGGGGGGCCUCCCCCCGCCCCUCCCCCUCCGCUUCACCGCCGCCCUUUUCCCGGUGGGGGGGGACCCCCCCGAAAUCUUUUUACCCCGUUUCGAAGCGGCGGCGGCAUUUUGCGCUCAAAACGGGGGGGGGCGAAAUAAAAGGGGGGGCCAGGGCUGGUUGCGGGGGUUGGUGGUCUCUUUGGGGGGGGGAGGGGGCCCCCCCAUUUUGUUCUGCCGGGCUGUCGUCGCCUAUAAGCGAUGGUUUGGGGGGGACAUGGGGGAUAAAUUGGGGGGGGCGGCGGAAAAAUUAUUAAGGGGGGGUCACCCCGCUGCCCCCCCUUAUUUGUUAGAGCUGGCAAAGGUUUUGGGGGGCCCUCUAGGGGGUGCCCUGCGGGGGAUGGUUUUUAAGAUUCCCCCUCCCCCCCCCGGCACCCCUCAACUUCGGGCGGUAUUAAAAGUGUUAAUGACCCCCCCUGCCCCCCCCCGGGGGGACCCCCAAAUUCAGGGGUACCUCCGGCGGGUGAUGGCGGCAGAAAAGGGGGGCUGGGGUGGGGGGCAGGGGGUGUUGAGUGCCGCCGCCUCCCUCCUCCCCUCUUGGGGGUCCCCCUUUUUGCCCUCCCACCCACCUUUAGGACCCCCUUUUUUAGGGGGGGGGCCUGGGGGGGACCCCGACGUGGGUGACCGCGCCCGCCUCCACGCUGCUUUAACCGCCGCUUUGGGCCCCCCCAAAUUAGCUGCUGUUUUGGGGACCCCCCCCAGGUGCCAAGCCCCGCCCACCCCUCAUGGGGGUGGGAGUGGGGAUGGGGGGGGCGCCCCCACCCUCCUCCCUGCCCCUACCCCCCCUUGCUGCCUCCGCUGCCUCCCUGACCCCCCCCCGCCCUUCCCGGCCCCCCCCGGGGCCCCCCAAAACCCGGAGGGGUGGGGGAGGGCGGUGGCGGCUCGGGGGGGGCCGGUGGGGGUCAGGCUGCGGUUGAGGGUGGAGCUGCUGGGGGGGGCCCUAAAUGGGGACCCCCCACUUGGGGAGGAGCCCCCCCAUAAGAGAGACCCCCCCCACGCCGUUGUGGAUCCCCCUUUUUCUUCAAGACCCCCCCUUUCUUCACCCCACUCCCUUGCUGGGGCAGGGCCCCCCCUUUCUUUUGGGGACCCCCCCCAUGGUGGGGGUCCAGGCCCCUCUUCCCCCACUCUGGAGCCCCUCCCCCACACUUCACGCCCUCCCUCGCCUGCAGCCCCUCCCCCCCCGCCUGCAGCCCCUCCCCCCCGCAUCCUAGCCCUGCAAUUGCGGGUGGGGGGCUGCACCCCUCAGGACCCCCCCCCGGCCGAGGGGCGCUUGGCGGGGUUGGGGGGGGGAGGGGCGGAGCUGAGCCUCACCCUGCGCCCCCACCUCCCCCUCCCCCCUGCUUUAAACGUCGCCGUCAUUUUCACCCCGGGGGGGGGAGACCAAGGUGGGGGGGGAGGGGUCUUCCUCGCCCCCCUCUCCCCCCUCCCCCUCCCUUUAGAGGUUCAACUCCGCCCCCUCGCCCUGCCCCCCCUCUGGGACCCCCCCCGCCGCCGCCGGGCUUUCCGCGCCAUGUGGGGGGCCCUGGGGGGGGGCCACCCCGAAAGCCGCUUGGUUUUAAAAGGGGGAGGGGGCGCCCCUCCCCCUGCCCUCACCCCCUUCUUGCUGGACGCGGGGGGAGAGGCGGGGGGAUGGGUGGCGGCAGCCGCCCUGCCCCCCCGGGGGGUGGUUUUGGUGAAGGGGGGGGCGGGGGGGGGAUGGGUGGAGCUGAGGUGUCAGCGCUGGGGGGGGUUGGUGGCCCUGGCCCGGCUGCUGCGGGGGCAGGGGGAGGCGUGACAGGGCGUGUCAGGGCGUGUCAGGGCGUGUCAGGGUGUGAUGGGGCAUGUCAGGGAAUGUCAGGGUGUGUUGGGGGGUGAUGGGGCAUGUCGGGGUGUGUCAGGGCGUGUCGGGGCGUGUCAGGGCGUGUCAGGGUGUGAUGGGGCAUGUCAGGGCAUGUCAGGGUGUGUUGGGGGGUGAUGGGGUGUGUCAGGGCGUGUCGGGGCGUGUCAGGGUGUGAUGGGGUAUGUCAGGGUGUGUUGGGGUGUGAUGGGGCGUGUCAGGGUGUGUUGGGGUGUGAUGGGGCGUGUCGGGCUGUGUCAGGGCGUGUCAGGGUGUGAUGGGGUAUGUCAGGGUGUGUUGGGGUGUGAUGGGGCGUGUCGGGGUGUGUCAGGGCGUGUCAGGGUGUGAUGGGGUGUGUCGGGGCAUGUCGGGCUGUGUCAGGGCGUGUCAGGGUGUGAUGGGGUGUGUCGGGGUGUGCCAGGGUGUGUCGACGUGUGUCAAGGUGUGUCGGAGCAUGUUGAUGUGUGUCGGGGUGUGAGGGAGCAUGAUGGGGCAUGUCAGGGUGUGAAGGGGUGUGUCGGGGCGUGUCGACGAGUGUCGGGGCGUGAGGGAGCAUGAUGGGGUGUGGCGGGGCUUGAUGAGGUGUGAGAGCGUGGCGAGGCAUGUUCAAGGCAUGUUCAAGGCAUGUUACCGUGUUAUUGGGGCAUGUUGGGCCUCGUCAGGGCGUGUCGGGGCGUGUCGGGGCGUGUCGACAUGCUGGGGCAUGAGGGAGAGUGACAAGGCGUGAUGGAGCGUGACGCGGUGUGUUCAAGGCAUGUCACUGUUAUCGGGGCGUGUCGGGCUGUGACGGGGCGUGUCAGGGCGUGGCUGGUCCCUCCCCCGUGGGUGCCGUCACCCCACAUGAAUACGGGGGAAAGCAGA